GAUAUUUUUCUAGAAUGCUUUCCCAUUAUAGUGUUUAAAAAUAAAAUAUUUCUCAAAUUGGUGUCAAGUUAAAAAUAAUUCCAUAUAUAAUAUAGUAUUCUUCUACGUUGGGGUAAAUAUAGCUAAUUUUUUUAAAGUUUGAUAAUAAAGCUAUUGCUGAGAUGUAAGAAACCAAAAUCUAAUCCUUCAUCUUCUCUUCACUUCAAUUCCUUUGCUCUCAUCAGUCACUACGUACAAACCAAAAUUCAAAAAUCUUCCUUUGUCUUCCCUGUUAAAAUCUCACGACGAUCGCCGGCGACAUCACACCUUUGUCGGAAUUCUCGGGUCUUCCCAUCGCUUGUUCCACCGACAAUUCUGGUACGCUCUUUGUAAGAAUAGUGACUUGAAUGGUGCCUUGAAGGUGUUUGGUAGAAUGCGUGAAGAAGGAAUGACAUAAGGCUGACUUUGAAUGGACAUAUCUCUCAAUCUAUAAAUGAUUUUGAGGUGAUUCAAAGUGGAGGUGAUAGCUUGUUCCGAGAGCUUUCCAACGAUAGGUCAUACGCCCAAUUCCGAUGAGAAACGAGAAAGUUAUGUCAUUUUUACGAAUAAUUGACGAAACUGUUUUCGCCUCGCCCGGUCGGGCGCGCAAGCUGUUCUGGAAGAGCUGGGGACCGCCCGGUCGGGCGGAUUUCGCCCGGGCGCCCGGGCAGGUCGGCGGAUAACGCGGAAACGCGUUUUUGAGCGCUAAGUAUAAAUAGGUUAUUUGUACCUAGGUUGUAAACGCCGAAUUAGCCUAAAUUCUCUCUGUAAUCUGGUUUUCCUCACAUAAAAAAAUAUUCUCCUUCUCUCUGCCGUGGAUGUAGCCAAAUUUGUGAACCACGUAAAUCUGUCGUCUGUUUUUAUUGCUUUUUGCAUUCAUAAUUUGUUUCUCUCUCACGUCCGUUAUAACAAACUGGUAUCAGAGCUUUGGUGUUCGAUCUGUGUGAGAAAGAUGUCUGGGGUGAAUGUCAAAAUCGAUAAAUUUACUGGGGGGAAUAGUUUUAGUCUGUGGCAGAUCAAGAUGCGGGCGUUACUGAAGCAACAGGGGUUGUGGGCACCGUUGGCAAAGAAAGCAACGGAUUCAGUCACCGCUGAGAUGGCCGUUCUGGAGGAGAAGGCUCAUUCAACGAUUAUGCUGUGUCUGGAAGAUGACAUAAUCACUGAAGUCGCGGAGGAGGAAACCGCAUCUGAUCUGUGGUUGAAAUUAGAGAGUUUGUACAUGACAAAAUCUUUAACCAACAAGUUGAUGAUGAAACAACGUCUGUUCAGCCUGCGUAUGCAGGAAGGUACGUCUCUAAGGGAUCAUCUAGAUAAACUGAAUACUAUCUUGCUAGAUCUGAGAAAUAUUGAUGUUAAAGUAGAUGAUGAGGAUGCUGCUUUAAUAUUGCUGGUAUCUUUGCCUAUAUCAUAUGAGAAUUUUGUGGAUUCUUUUAUUGUUGGGAAAGAUAGUCUGUCGUUACAAGAAGUAAGAUCUGCUCUGCAUACUAGAGAGAUUCGUCAUAAGGCAUCUGGUACAGGUACAGUCGAUCAGGCUGCUGGAUUAGUAGCCAGUAGUAAUGGACAGGAGAAUUCGGGGAAAAAAUCCAGGAAACCGUCUUCUAAGGGUCCUAAACCUAAUGAUGUCUGUAAUUACUGUAAGGAAACGGGGCAUUGGAAAAGGGAGUGUCCUAAGAAAAAGAAGCAGGAGGACAAGAAUGAAGGUUCUGCUGCUCUGGCAGAAACUGGAGGGGAUUCUGAGGAAGAUCUGGCCCUAGUAGCUAAUAGCCAGUCACAUUGUAGGGAUGUGUGGGUUUUAGAUUCUGGAGCGUCUUGUCAUAUGUGUUCGCGCAGGGAAUGGUUUAUGAACUAUAAACAGGUUGAUGGAAGUGUUACUAUGGCCAACAGUGAGGUCUGUAAGACAGUUGGUAUAGGGUCCAUCAGAAUUAGGACAUGUGAUGACAAAGUCUGUACUUUGAAUGAUGUUAGGCAUGUUCCAUAAGUCACAAAGAAUCUGAUUUCACUUAGUCUGUUAGACAAGAAAGGGUUCGUUUCAAAGGUGAGGGUGGAGGGUUGUAUGUCUACAGGGGUUCGAAGAUGAUUCUGAAAGGGGUUAAACGGGAGACAUUGUAUGUGUUACAAGGGUCUACGUUAUCUGAGUCUGGGGUUGCUACAUUGGAUGUUUGUGAUAGUGUUGAGAAACAGGUGGAGCACAGAGGCACUCUAGGUUGGAGUGGUGGUUCACGUCAGGGAGAAAUCUGUCAACACUUACAAUUUGAAUCUGAAAUUUCGUGUUCUUCGUCAUCAAAAUUGGGUCAGUCAAACUUGACUCCUGGUCAGCAUGAAAUCUUUGGGAACUCUCCCCAAAGGGACGGUUGUGAAGACAUGGUGGGUUUUGCACUGUAUGUGGAGAGGUGAAUAUUUUUGGGCCGUCCAAGGAAGGUGUUACUUGUGCUAGGAAAGAGUAUAAGAAACACAUCUGUUCGAAUCUGAUUCCGCAGGGUAAGUUCCAAGGUUGUUUGGACUUACAAGCUGUUCGUGAUUGUUAGUUGCCCUCUUGGGGCAAUUCUGGGGUCCUUAGGGACUAAUCUGGUCUGGUUGUCUGUUGAGACAAAUCUGGUGUAGGGAGAUUCUGGCGUUGUGAUCAAUGCAUCUGUUUUCUGGUAUUGUGAGAGGAUUCAAGUCAAGGUGGAGAUUUGUAAGAAUAGUGACUUGAAUGGUGCCUUGAAGGUGUUUGGUAGAAUGCGUGAAGAAGGAAUGACAUAAGGCUGACUUUGAAUGGACAUAUCUCUCAAUCUAUAAAUGAUUUUGAGGUGAUUCAAAGUGGAGGUGAUAGCUUUUUCCGAGAGCUUUCCAAGGGUAGGUCAUAUGCCCAAUUCCGAUGAGAAACGAGAAAGUUAUGUCAGUUUUACGAAGAACUGACGAAACUGUUUUCGCCUCGCCCGGUCGGGCGGAUCUCGCCCGGUCGGGAGCGCAAGCUGUUCUGGAAGAGCUGGGGACCGCCCGGUCGGGCGGAUUUCGCCCGGGCGCCCGGGAGGGUCGGCGGAUAACGCGGAAACGCGUUUUUGAGCGCUAAGUAUAAAUAGGUUAUUUGUACCUAGGUUUUAAACGCCGAAUUAGCCUAAAUUCUCUCUGUAAUCUGGGUUUCCUCACAUAAAAAAAUAUUCUCCCUCUCUCUGCCGUGGAUGUAGCCAAAUUGGUGAACCACGUAAAUCCGUUGUCUGUUUUUAUUGCUUUUUGCAUUCAUAAUUUGUUUCUCUCUCACGUCCGUUAUAACACUCUUUUUUUUCGAGUUUGGCACAUUAGUUCGGAUUUGCCAUUGACAUACUUUCAAAGCUUUUUUUUUUUAUGUGUUGAGAAUUUGAAUAUUAUAUUUCAAUUGGUAAUGAUUAUAUAGUUUUAUGAACUCUUGCUCACCUAUGCUCAUAAUUGAUUUUAAAAUAAAAUCUUCUCUUUUCCGUUGAAAAGGAUGGGUUUUAGUUUGUUUGGCUGAACUUGCAUGGAAAUAUCCACAUAAGAGUGUGAAUCCAUGAAUGUAUGACAAGUCAUUAUGUGAUGCUCCCUAUUUUCUUGAUCUCUUUCACUUUCAUAGUAUAUUGAACAAUCCGGGAAAAGAGAGAAAACAACACACCAAAAUUGAUAUAUACAUUCACUCUUUGAACUCUCAUGAUUGCAUAUUUUCUCAAAAUGGUAAUAUGUCAAAGUCUACUUUAAUUUUUUUUUGUUAA